GUUAACCGCUAUGCUAUGUUUUUAUUUUUAAGAACAAACUUUUUUAAAUGUGAAUUUAAGUAUAAAGAGAGACAGCCUGGAUUUGAGCUGACAUCGGAAGCUUUCAGGAUUUUAAAAAAGUUUUAAACUUUUCAUUUCGCAAUGUAACAAUAAGAAAUAAUAUUACAUACUUUUAUUUAUUUAUAUAAGUUAUCAAAGUGCUCAAUAAUAAUGUCAAACGAAAUAAAAGAUCCGUCAAAACCACCUGAGACUACAAUUCGGACCCCUCGGCCGUCGUCGCCGCGGGAAUUUUUCGCGCGCAUUUACGGGCACCUGGAAGAGCCCAAGGAGCAUGGUGGUGCGGUUGGCGGCAAUGGCAGCGAGUCCGGUUCGGACGUAGAGGUAGGCAGCGACGGGGGCUCGGCGAGCCCGAUGUGGCCGCCGCCACUGCCGCUGUGUCCGCGCCCGCUGCUGUUGCCGCAUCAGCAGCUAGCUUUCGGCGCUGGAUUGGCUGCUUUUUUGGCCCGUCGACGGCGGAAGGAAAGCCGGCCGCGGCGGCAGAGAACCACCUUUUCCGCUCACCAGACCCUCAGGCUCGAGCUGGAGUACGCAAGGGGCGAAUACGUCGCCAGGGCACGGAGGUGUGAACUUGCAACAGCAUUGUCUUUGAGCGAGACACAAGUUAAGAUUUGGUUUCAAAACAGAAGAGCUAAAGACAAAAGAAUCGAAAAGGCUCAUCUAGAUCAACAAUACAGACAACUGGCAGCGGCCUCAGGCAUGUUCCCUGCGGUCCUGCCCCCCUACUGCCCGCCGCCUUGCCCAUGCUUGCCGCCACAACAAACGACGCAAUCCCUUCAUAAGUAAUUUGUAAAUACUGUAAACUCCUGCCGCCCAGAUUUUUUUUCGUCAAAGAUGGGAUACAAGCCCAGUGGCCUUUUUUAGGUUCACAUGAUUCCGACCCAAGACAUCGACGUAUGAUUACAUUGUCAUAGCAUUGUAUUAUAGGUGCGAGAUUUUAGCACAAUAGAGGGUAUCAGUAGAAGGUUAAAAAAGCGGCCAAGUGCGAGUCGGACUCGCCCAUGAAGGGUUCCGUAACAUUUAUGACGUAUUAAAAAAAACUACUUACUAGAUCUCGUUCAAACCAAUUUUCGGUGGAAUUCGCAUGGUAAUGUAUAUCUUUUUUUUUUUUUUUUUUCAUUCUGUUAUUUUAGAAGUUACAGAGGCCCCCCCUCUAAACUGAAUAGUUUGCGCGAGAGACACUUCCAAAGUGGAAAAAUGUGUGUCCCUUCCCUGUAACUUCUGAAAUCACAGAAUGAAAAUUCUAAAAAAAAUAUAUGAUAUACAUUGCCAUGCAAACUUCCACCAAAAAUUGGUUUGAACGAGAUCUAGUAAGUAGUUUUUUUUAAUACAUCAUAAAAUUUAAAGAAUUUUUUUUUUCAUCAAACCCAUACGUGUGGGGUAUCUACGGAUAGGUCUCCUGCCGCCCAAAAAUGAAUUUGGGCGGCAGGAGGAUAUAUUUUUAUCCAAUCUCUAUUACUAAGAAAUCAGGACAAAUUAAUACCAAAAUUACGCAUUUAAUGUGAAUAUCUCCACUUAGCUGUACUAAUUUCUUUCUGGGGCAUGCUGUAUAAUAGAUAAGCUGUACAUGUUUUAGUUUUAAGAAAUUUCAUUAAAUAAGUAGCUAUA